UCAUUCAUUCAGUAAAUUAUUCCAGGCACAACUUUCUUUCCUCCCGAGUUUUUCCUUUUAUUAAAUACCCGCACCGCACUAAUCCCCUUGAAUCCAAUGGAAAGAGAAAGCAACCCAGCUCAGCUCUUGCCCGUGAGUUCCGAACAUGUCCGAUUUCCACCACCACCGACUUUUCCCUUGCUUUCCCAGUCUUCUUGUAUACAGACUAAAUUUAGGGAGUGCCACCACCCCACUGGACAAAAACCACCUAAAAAUUCCUUUCAAUAUAUAUCUAUACAACUUUCACUGCUUUUUCCACCACCGCAGCCAGCUCCCAUUCCUUGCAAACUUUCUCCUUUCCCCUCCACGACCACCACCAAUCUACUUUCACUCCUACUUUCUCUCUCUCUUUCACAUACACACUUAUCCUCGUAUUCAGUCAGUGGUUGGGUGUAUGGUGCGUUUGUUAUUGGUGUGUUUGUGUCUCCAAUUUUUCACAAUAAUUAAUUUAUACGGUGUAAAUGUCUUCAACAUAUUAUGACAAUAGCUACGACAAUGCCUACUCGCAGCAGCAACCCCUCUCCGCCUCCCAACAGCAAGCCGUCGUCGCCUCACAGCAGCAACAACAGCUUAUCAAACCACGACCCAGAUCCGCCGCGGCACACCCUCUUUCACAUCAGGGACAGGGCCAGGGUCAGGUCGGGUCGGUUCAACAACAACAAGCUGUGGCUGCACAACAACAGCAAUAUUUAGAUGGUAAUCAACGUGUCAGGUCGUAUUCAGAGACGAGGUUUCUAGGUCAAGGGCAAGGGCAGCAAUAUGGCCGCGACCCCUACUCUUCAAAUCCUAACCAGGCUACCUCUGCUGCUGCGUAUGAUUCCUACUAUGGAGGUCAAAUGGACGAUUAUGAUGUUGACCCUUACGGCCAGUCUUCAGUAAGGGCACAACAACAACAGCAGGUCGCAGCGGCACAACACAGGUCAAGGUCUACAACACGGCUCAAUCGCUAUGACCAAGGGGAUUCUCAAUUUAUGCCCAUUCGCGACAGGUCACUGGAUAGACAAGGAAUGGUCUCGCAGCAGCACAGGCAGCAGCAUGGACUUGACCCCUCAGGAAAUCCCAAUUACUAUCCGGAUGAUUUGGACCGUCUGGACCCAUACUAUUCCCAGCAAGCCCACUCCACGUCCUCCCAACCAGUAUCUAUCUUGAAUAGGUCACGUCACUCUAGUCAGCCCACGUCCUCCCACUUGCAGUCCUCCCUCCGCUCGUCCGCCACAACGGGAGGAAUGAUGACUGACCCCAAUCAGUACUUGGAUGAGCUGCAAAUCUCAAACCAGGAGUUUCAACGUGAACUCGGCACCCUCAAAAAAGAGUUGGAACUCACAAAUCAAAAAUUGGGCAGUUCCAUGCACUCGAUUAAAACAUUUUGGAGUCCGGAACUGAAAAAGGAGCGUGCUUUGAGAAAAGAAGAAUCUGCCAGAUAUUCACUUUUAACUGAUCAAUUGAAAAUUCUUAAUCAAGAAAAUCAGAAACAAUCCUUGCUGGUCCGCCAAUUAGAAGAAGAGCUCCGUAUUAGACAAAUUCGUGGUGGUGCGUCACAUGAAAUGCAACGACAGCUUGAAUCUAUUAUCAGUGAAAAUGAACACCUGGUCCGUGAGAUUCGGAUUCUACGUGAAACAAUAAAGGAAUACGAACUGCGAUUGGAAUCACACAAACAGACAUUACAAGCGAGGGACGAGUCCAUCAAGAAAUUAUUAGAGAUGUUACAAUCAAAGGGGGUUGGAAAGGAGGAAGAACGGGCCAUGCUCCAGCAGAUGCAACUUCUCGCCCAAAAACAAAUAGAUGAACUUCGUCUUGAGAUUCAGAAACGUGACCAGGAAUUACUUUCCCUCGCUGCCAAAUUGAAAACGUGUGACGAACAGCAACAAGAUUACCAACGCCACAUUGCCGUCUUGAAAGAAUCACUUUGCGCCAAAGAGGAACACUAUAACAUGCUUCAAGCCGAUGUGAGUAAACAACAUUUUAAUGUUGAAGAGCUACGACAAAGGAUUGAAGAGAAGAAUCGAAUAAUUGAGAAAAAGACCAACAUUGCACUUCAAGCGUCCCAAGAGAGGAAUAGAAUCGCUUCCGAAUUUGGUGAGAUUCGUGACCAGAUGGAAAUCAAAGAUCGAAAGAUUAACGUUCUCCAGAGGAAAAUUGAAAACUUGGAAGAUUUGCUAAAAGAAAAGGAUAAUCAGAUUGACAUGGCAAGAGCCAGAUUGGCACAGUAUCAAGUGGGGGCAGGUGGGAGUGGCGGGAUGGGAUUGAUGAAUGAUCCAAUCAGUUUACCAUUAAGUAAUUUAGAAGAUGCUAUUAUGGACAAAGAUAAACAAAUUGGGCAAUUAAGAGAACAGAGGGAUCGGGCAGAGGGUGAAAAGAAUGAAGAACGAGAGUUGCAUGAACACCAAGUACAAGAAUAUAAAAUGAAGGUUCAUUCCAUGGAGGCUGAAAUAGAAAAACUAGGUGUUCGAUUAGAACGUGCUGUAGCAGAAAAGGAACGAAUGGAAACUCGGUUGGACGCCUCCCAAUCCGAGCUGGGUAAAUGUAAAGCUGAACUAGAAAAGACACAAUCUGAAGUGGGAAAAACAUCCACGGAAUGGGAAUCACAUCGCCAACGCGUGUCUAAAACAGAAGUAGAAAACGAUCGAUUGAAGACGGAAAACGAAAGGUUACGUGGGGAUUUAGAGCGUAGUCAGACAACAUUUGGUCGCAACACUCUCAACACAUCCGCCGAAUUGGACAGGCUUCAGGAACGGUAUGACAAAUUAGUGUCUGACCUUCGCCGUUCUCAGGCCGAACUCAGGAUGAACCAAUCCGAUUACGAGAGAGCCAACACGGAUCUUAAAACUGUACAAGAGAAAAUUGAGAAAAGUCAGGGCGAGAUUUAUCGAUUAAAAGCAAAGUUAGAAUCUGCUCAGAGUGAGAAUGACAAUUUGAAGGAUGAACUUGAACGGAGUCAGACAUCUGUGAGUAGACUGUUGACUGAAAAAGAUAAGUUGACACUGGAUCAUGAUAAGCUAAAGGAGGAUCUAGAAAGGAGUCAGACCAGUUUGGGCAAGUAUCAAUUACAAGUGGAAAAACAUCAAGUCGGAUUCGAUAAAUGUCAAGGAGAAUUGGAUAGAGUUCAGGAAAAAGUCGAUAAAUUAGUUCAAGAAAAUAGAAGACUCCAAACGGAGCGAGAUAAAUUGUUAUAUGAUUCCGACCAUCAUCAAAACCAUCUUGAGAAACUUUCUUCGCAUACGACUCGUCUGCAAAAGGAAAAAGACACACUACAGCUCGAGUUGGAACGUUCAAUAGAGAAGCAAGAGAAAUCUCACCUCCUUCUCACUCGCAUUCAAAAAGAAAAAGAAACUCUCGCCACGGAAAAUGAACGUUUAAAGGAACGCUUGGAUCUCAUCUCGACACAACAUUCGAAAUCACAACGAGACAAAGAAUCAUACCAAACGGAACUUGAUAUUUUGAAAGAACGACUAGAAAAGCAAAUCACUACAAUUUCCAAAUUCCAAUCCGAUAAAGAUGCACUGGAGACGGAGUUAACACUGGCACGCGACAAAUACGAGAAAAAUUCAGUAAAUACAUCAAAACUUCUUGAAGAUAAGGAUGGAAUUAAACUAGAAUUGGAUUUGGCGACCGAAAAAUUGGAGCGUUCCACCUCUGACGUGUUCCGACUAAAUAAUAAAUUGGAUGCCCAAAACAUUGAGUUGGAAAAAGCCAACAAUCUCGUGGCCAAGUAUACAAUUGAACAUUCAAAAUUACAAGAUUUACUCGAUCGGAAUCAAGCCUCGUAUCACAGAGUGAAGGACAGUGAAGAGAAAGCGAGAGAGGAAUAUGACCGAGUCAGAAUUGAUGCAGAUUUGAACAGAGAAAAAUUGGAGAAAUUAAAUCUCGAAUUGCGAAAGGAGAGGGAGGCGAAAGUGGAAGAAAUUUCAAAAUUACAAGUAGAAUUGGACAGAUUGCAUACGGUUUAUGGAAGAGCACAUGCGUCAAGUGAAAAAUCCAGUGAAGAGCUAUCCCGACUCCGUUAUGAUUUAGAAUCUGCAUCGCAAACUAAUUCUCGCCUUCAAACUGAACUUGCCAGAUGUAAAUCACGUAUCGAAGACUUAGAACAGCGACCACCCACUGCCACACCUACUACAACUACUAUUACUGCCCCAACAGCCACACCGUCUUCAUCUACAAUAUCCUCUACUGACCAACAACUCUUGAUAGACAAAUACCGAUCCCAAGUCCUUCUUCUUGAAGAACAAUUAACCACUCAGAAGUUAGAAAUCUCAAAACUCCAACAAAAAUACGACAUUAAAGAGAAAGAAUCUCUUCUCCUCCUUCAAAAAACAGAUACGUCUGAUAAAAUCACUGCACUGCAAUCCGAACUUGUCUCAAAAACAACUGAUCUGACCACUUUGACGGAAGAUUUAGCAAAGAAAUCAUCACAAAUUGAUAAACUAACUGCAGACUUAGAGACGAAAUCGACAGAAUUAUCCAAUUUGAAAUCUGAUAUUGCAAAAUCCACGACCACUUUAUCAUCCGAGAUAGACAGUUAUAAACAGAGUUUAGAGAGUCAAAAUACAUCGAUGCUCAAAUUAAAAUCUCAGUAUGAAUCUCAUUUAAAAUCUUAUCCACCAGAAGCAUUGGACAAAUUAAAAUUAGAAAAUACAAAACUACGCCAAAAUUUGGAAGAGAAAAUGAAUGAACUUUCACGUCAUAAAACUUUGUUUGAAGAGAAAUUACAAGAAAUUAGCUACAAACAAAAAGAGGAGAAAAAAUUGCAAGAACGAUUAGAUCGUUAUAAAUCAGGGCAAGACAAGUAUGAGAAACAAAUGUCUAAAAUGGAACAUGAAAUGAUGCAAUUAACCUCCGAAAGAGAUGAAUUGGUUACUCAACUCGAAAAAUCUCAAGAAUUGCUCGUCCAAUUCCAAAAAGAAUUGAAUAACAGAGUCGCCAAUGAUGAGAAAGAUAAAGAAAUUAAUAUCUUGAGGCAAAAAUGUACUGAAUUAGAAGCAGAAAUGGGAAGGUUGAAAAAGUCCUGUGAAAUUGAAAAGAAAAAAGUUGGAGAUUGGUUUGAAGGAAAAAUUAGAGAAAAGGAUGCAAAAUAUCAAGAAGAAAAAGAUAAAUGGAAAGCAAGAUUCGAACAAGAAAGUAAUAAGUGGAGAGGAGAAUGCGAAGUCGAAGUUAAAAAAGUGGAGGCCCACUUGACCACUUUGCAAUCCCAAUUGUCCCAAACCACCGCAGAACUUGACGCCACUCGGGCCCAACUCUUGGAAGCUGAACAAUUACAAAAUCAAACCCAACAAGCAUUACAACAACAAUUACAAUUCCAACAGAAUCAACCACCACCACCCGCCGCACCUACUACCUCACUCCCUGCCGACCUGGAGAAAAUUGCCCAACUACAAAAGACGAUAACCGACCUCUCCCACAAGUUGGACUCUGUGUCUCAAAUGUAUUUAGAGAAGGAGACAGAGUGCGAAGAGAUUGUCAAGCUCAUUAAAGAGCGUGACGUCGAGAUUAAACGGUUGCAGAGCAAGUUGGACGAAGUUUCAAACAUGAAGAGGGAGCAGGUUCAAGGAGGCAGCGAAGAGUUGGAAAAAGUCAAACAAGAGGCAAAAAGGACGCAAGGAGAAAUGGAAAGACUUUUACAACUUAUGAAAAUGAGUCAAGAAGAAAUGGGUGGAAAAGAUAAAGAAAUCGCUAGAUUGCAAGAGACCCUCCGAGCUGAGCGACAGAAAGCAGCGGCGAGUGAUCAGUUUGAUGGAGUAAUGGAGAGUUUGGUGGGAGGUGAUGAAUUUGAACAACUUGUCAAACUAUGCCAAGAACAAAGGACACAAAUCAAUUUGUUAAAAUCAGGGUGGAAAAUUGGUCAAGAUGAAGAUGAGGCGAGACAAAUAAUCUCCAAAACGGACGCUAUAAUAGCCAGCGUGGAAUUGUCCACGCCAGAAAGUUGUGUGCUACCACUUUUAAAAACGUUAAGAUCAAGUCUGAUUUCUAAACUUAAAUCGAAUGAUACACUUAAAAUUCAAUUACAUUCCGAAAAGUAAAUUUUAUGUUUAAAAAAAGUGAAUAAAAAUGGGGGUGUGGGUCAGUGAUACAAAUCA